AUUGGUGAUCAGAUCGGUGUAUUAAAAAUGUUUUCAUUGGUGGUUUUGUUUGGUCUAUUCAGCUGUACACUUGGACAAUAUAGACCAGCUAUAAACUCACUUCUCUUCCAAAAUACUCCCGUAUCCGUCCUCAAACCAAAUAUCCCGAUUAAAGAGCGUGGUGAAUUGUAUAGAAUCAUCAGUCAAACCCAAGAAGGACCAAAUAUUGAUGGAUCAUAUUCUUGGAGUUAUGAAACCGAAAACGGAAUAGCAGCUAAUGAAGUUGGGAAACCAAAAGCUCAAGAUCUUCUGGGAGCUCAAGGAGAAUUCAGGUACACUUCUAAAGAUGGAACUCCAAUUCAAUUAACAUACACUGCCGAUGAAAAUGGAUUUGUUGCACAAGGAGCUCAUUUACCUACGCCUCCGCCGGUACCUGAAGCCAUAUUAAGGUCUUUGGAAUGGAACGCAGCACAUCCAGAAGAAGAUGAUUAUCUUAGAAACAGACCUGCUGGAUAUGGACAGUAAAUUGGGCAUGAAUAAAAGAUUUAUCGAUACUGCCUCAUAUAAUUGUGAUUUCAAAACAAUGUAAUUUUGAAAAUA